GGUCUUGAGGAUGGAGAUUUUCUAUUUACAUAAAAUUGUUCGUGUCAUGAUGAAAAGACAGAUCUAACAAGGAUAAGUCGCCUAAGAGCGACUUAUCCUUAUUACUGGUUGGUAAUGUCUCUGGUGUCAGUUCCUGCCGAGUUGAAGGUGUUCUUCUCCCUGAGCGGAAAGAUGACCAUCACAGCGAGCCUGCAAUUAGUGUGGGUGUUUACCGGCGAGCUCUUCUCCACCAAGCACAGGACGCGUAUUGUUGGGGAGGCCAGCAUGGUUGGGAGGGUUGGCACCCUGAUGGUUCCUUACAUCAACGACCUUCUGGGCCGUGUGUACCCGUGGGCGCCCGGUGCAAUGCUGAGCGUGGCAGUGAUCAUCGCCGCAGGAUUGGUUUUUCUUCUGCCGGAGACUGCCAACCGUAAACUCACUCAGAAUGAAAAUGAGGAAUUCAUGGAGCCGGAAACUUCCAACCUUAGACCCACUCAGAAUGAAUAUGAGAAAGUAACGGAAGAGGAGAUCAGCCUGUCUGUCAUCUGACCAACAAGAGAUGUAAAGAACACUGGCAGGCGCUACGAAUUUUUCAUGGUUCAUCUCAUCUGGAAUAUCAAUCAAGCUUAGAUUUCUGACAGUAAAAGUUUAUUGCCGGAAACGUAUUUGCCAAAUCAGUUAAAAUCAAAACUACUAAAUGUAAUAAAAAUGAAUUUGCCAAACUGAAGCUCAAGUACAGUUCAUAAUUUAGUGGUAAAUAUUUAUGGCUUUAAUUUUCCAUUGUGUUCUGCUUCCUGCAUUCUCUUUACUAACCAGAGCUGGCUGUUGUGUUUGACUCCAUACUCAAUCCGUUGUGGCGACAACCUUGUAAUUUUCCACCAUCUUUAUGAUUUAAUUUAUCUGUGCCUUACAUCAGUCAUUUUCGUACUUACUGGAAAACUCUGACGGUCUUUGAUAUUUAAAUUAAUGUGAAGUGCAUUUCAAUUUAUUAAUCUUAUGGGAGAUUUUCCACCAAAGCAAAUUUACUAUUACGACCCCAACGAUAUAAAAUUUCAUGUAUGGAAUCACAGCCCCAUAACCUUGGACCAGACUUUACAGAAUCACACCUCUGUAAGAAAAGGUAUGGAAUGAAAAUUUAUACCAUCACAAAACACAAAAUUCAUUUACUGUAACUGUUUUCUUGUUAAAUGUUAUUUGUUAAUGUAGUUGUUAUUGCUUAACGUCAAUAACCAUGGCUUGUUGGUCCAGGUUGCAGUGUCUUGCAAUGCUUCUAUUUUGAAUUAUGAUGCUUGAGUGAAGAUAGUACAAUGAACCAGUUCAACUAUAACGGAAAUUAAAAGUGUGUGGCACCAGUAGGCUAAUGAAUGGUGCCUGGAUUCACUGAUGAGCUACGAAUCUUAUUAGUAUUUAAGAAAUUCGCAUCACCCUUAACGGUGAGUCACUAAACACAACUUCUUAAGGUACCCGCUUUCUUCCUCAAGUUAAGAACAAUUGUAGUGACUACAUCAGACGGCGUGAUCCUAAUAUGUGAACGUUUCAUCUCCACUAUACAACCCGUAAAAUAAACUGACACAUGGAAUUGCAAGUUGAAUUAGCAUAUGACCGUCCAGUGAGGAGAGAGAGGGUGUUUAGAAAUUUCUUAAACACUUAAUGUGGAUAAUGAGCACCUCCUGAGAUAGUGUAUGUUUCUGAAGAGGGAAAUACUGGAGUAAUGAACUUUCACCAUACAUUAAGCAGAUGAAGAUGACGAAAGACAUGAAAGAGGAACGACGCAUAAGAGGAAAGAACACAAGGAAGAGAAAGGGAAAAUGGAAGAAGAAAAAGCAUCAAGGAAGGUUUUAAACCUAAACCAAGAGUUUUUUCCUUAACCUGUAUAAAUUAUAGCUUAAAUAAUUUAAACCUGCAAUAUGCUAUAGAGAAUAUGUAUCUACGCUGAAAACUAUGUUUUCAAACAAUAUAUUUUUUUAGCAUCCUUUUGUAUCAAUUUGAAUUUCGCGAAUAUUAAGCCAUUACAAGUGACAUUAUGCCCUAAUUGUAUAUUUAUUAUGGAAAUGAGAAAAUAUGUAGCCUUCCAUUUACCUUAAUAUAUUAAAUCUUAUUUGAUUUCCAC